CGGAUUCGGUGUUGCAACCCAGCGGGAAAAUGCGGCCUUUGACUGAAGAAGAGACCCGCGUAAUGUUUGAGAAGAUAGCGAAAUACAUCGGGGAGAACCUUCAGCUGCUGGUCGACAGGCCCGACGGCACCUACUGUUUCAGGCUGCACAACGACCGGGUGUACUACGUGAGCGAGAAGAUCCUGAAGUUGGCCGCCAACAUCUCUGGGGACAAGCUGGUGUCUCUGGGGACCUGCUUCGGAAAAUUCACGAAGACUCACAAGUUCCGGUUGCACAUCACAGCUCUGGAUUACCUUGCACCCUAUGCCAAGUAUAAAGUCUGGAUAAAGCCUGGAGCAGAGCAGUCCUUCCUGUAUGGGAACCAUGUGUUGAAAUCUGGACUGGGUCGAAUCACUGAAAAUACCUGUCAGUACCAGGGAGUGGUGGUGUACUCCAUGGCAGACGUCCCUCUGAUGGCUCACAAUUUUCUAUACUAAAGGAGAACUCAAUUUGAGUGGUGCUGACCAUCUUGACACUGCAAGAAUUCAACCUUUUGGACAACAAACAAGUAUGCGAUUUGACUCUACUUCCUCUUCCAUUCUUCUAAUCUCAUCUCUAAUCUAGUUUCUGAAUGCCAAAUAUACUUUUGGGGUCAUGGACAAAAGUCAAACUUUUUCUUCCAAACUUGGGGUAACUAAUGCUUAUAUUAAUAUCUUUUACUUUGUGUAUAAAUUUUUUUAUAAAACAUAUUUCACAAAUAUGUUUUUCCUAUCAACUCUGAAAAUCCUUACUUAUACCACAUAAAGCCCUGAGUGGGCCAAUCCUGCUCUAACUCCAACUGCCCAUUUGUCUCCCUCUGACUGAAGUUUUAUACAUUUCCAAUUAGUCUAGUAUCAUUCUGUUUCAGAUAUACAUAUCUGUAACAAGUGGUGUCUUAAGAACUGAGAGUUCUAAGGGUGUCUGGCUGGCUCAGUCAGUAGAGCGUGUGACUCUUGAUCUCAGGGUCAUGAGUUCAAACCCCAUGUUGGGCAUGGAGCCUACUUAAAAAAAAAAAAGAGGGGGCGGUGCCUGGAUGGCUCAAUCAUCUGAGCGUUUGACUCUUGAUUUCGGCACAGGUCAUGAUUUCAUGGUCCUGGGAUCACGCAGGCUUUGCGCCGGGCAUGGAGCCUGCUUGGGAUUCUCUCUCUCUCCCUCUGCCCCUCCCCCACUUGCACAUGCUCUCUCUUAAAAAAAAAAAGAGAGAAAAAGAAAAAAAAAGAACAAAGUUUUGUCCCCCGCACCCCCCCAACAGUAGAAGGUUAUUUUUCCAGUUAUCUGGAAUACAAAAUAAAGGACCCCAGGCCAGGCUCAAGUAUCCUGACACUUGCUCCCUGAAUAUUCCAAACUAUCUGCUUUACAGAUAAUUUCACAUCUGCCAAAUGACUGCUAGGACACCUAACACUAGUCUAAUAUGGGCCUGGCAGAUCUACUGUUAUGAGCUAAGAUAUUUUCUUUCUUUCUUUCUUUUCAAGAUUUUACUUUUAAUUAAUUUCUACACUCAACAUGGGGCUCGAACUCACAGCCCCAAGAUCAAGAGUCAUGUGCUCUAUUGACUGAAUCAGCCAGCCUCCCUGAGCUAAGAUAUUCUCAGAUGUUGGUGAUUUAAAACCAAAAUCAAACCAAAACAAAACCCUCUCACUCAGUUUUCCAAUAUCACAGGCCACCCUAUAGGACACACUAGGUUCUUAUUCUUCCACAUGCUGUCCUGAGCCUCACUGCUGCCAUUCUUUAUGCUGAUCACUUUGAUCCAAUUAAAGAACGUCUUCAUUUAGUUUAUGCCUUAUCAUACUUCUCAUCACACCUUUCUUCUCCAGUUAUUCCUUCCUCCUCUUAACAACCCUAUUAUACUGUAUCUACCACUCUUGCUCCCGAACUGAACUCAAAUUCCAUCUCCUUUGGGAACCACCACUCAUUUCAAGUGUUCCCCUACUUUAACCACAACAAGAUUAAUCACAUGUAGGAGGUAUAAAUGGAAGGUGAAGGAAACCAGGUACGUUCCAUGUGCCUCUGUCAGAAUCUCCGCUUCUGUAUAUUUAAGGCAUUUAAUUAAGGAAGACAGUGCAUAUAAAUCAAAAGUCUUUUACACACAUUUACUCUUUUCACUUCUAAAAAGAGCUGUCCUUUUCUAAUUG